GGCCUCCUCCCACCGCUGUUCAUCGAGCGCUCCUCGGAGCUCCCGGCGCUCACAGGUCCGUUCGAUUCGGCCCGUCUUUGGGUGGGGGGUCCACUCCGUUGCCGUGAGUGAAGGAAGGACCUUCGACUGACUAGGAGACAAGAGUUGUCAAUCACCAGCGGUCCGCUCCGACGUCCGGUCGUUACCGAGCUUUAGCAACUUAGCAGGCUAGUCGGAAGGAAGGAAGGAAGAGGUCCAAGCGGAGGUUCGGCUGUGUGGUCCGGACGCACCAGCCCAGGUGAUGGGCGGACCGGAGCCGCGUCCGAGCGGCUACUUCGCAUUUCGCACUUAGGGGAAGUCACCCGGUAUCACGCGGCCGCCUGGCGCCGCUUGAGGACGACGACGAUGGACUCCUGCAGCCCCAACAUGACGGCGAGCUCGUACAAAAUGAGUGAGGAUGACGUCAGGCGGCUGAUCGAGUUCAGAGCCUCCAACGAACUUCUCUUCAACGGAAAGAGAAACUCCGCCAAGAUAGCCUGGAGCACCAUCUUGAGGGGCUUGGACCUGCAGGGGAAACUGACAGCCGAGCAGAUCGCCAAAAAGUGGGACAAUCUGCGUACCAAAUACAAGGACCUGAAGCAACCCUACCAGUCGGCGUGCUGGGAUCAUGCGGGGGGCGCGGCCGAGUCGUGGCCGUGGUUCCGCCUGAUGGACGACGCCAUGCACGGUCGCCUGUACAACAGUCGCAUGGUGCUGAGCGCGCUCGACAACAGCCAGCGGCGGGACGACGACGACAUCCUGGAGUUCCUCAUCAAGACCGAGAUGGAUGACUCGGUCACCACAGAGAGCACCGACGAGGACGGCUCUGGCGCCGAGCCCGUCGAGCCUCCCGAGGGUCUCCCCAUGGGCUGGAGAAGGAUGAGCGAGAGCUCCUACAAAAUGUCAGAAGCGGAGACGGAGCGUCUCAUCAAGGUCCGCGCCUCCAACGAGGCCAUCUUUACCGGCAGGAGGAACUCGGCCAAGCCGGCGUGGAGGGCAGUGCUUCACGAGCUGGGCCUUCAGGGCAAGCUGAGCACCGAGCAGCUGGCUAAGAAGUGGGACAACCUGAAGAGGAGGUACAAGGAGCUGAAGUUUCCCCCGCCCGGCGUGGAGUCCAACCCGGGCUCGUGGCCGUGGUUCCACCACAUGAAUGACGCCAUGGAGGGCCGCCUGGCUGGCACCGCGCCCGCCCUCGAGCCCGUCGUCGUCGCCGAGGACGAAGACUGCGAAAUGUUGACGCCGGCGCCGAAGAAGCGAGCCCGCAGGAGUCGCGCCGGGAUGGCCGAGUUCUUCACCGAGUCAGAGAUUGACAUGCUUGUCUGCGGCCGGGACAAAAAUGCUUCUUUGGCUUUGGGAGAACUCCAGCGCAGCGUGUCCGACUUAAGCUACAAACUGACAGAAGACGACAUACGGAAACUGGUGGAGUUGCGAGCUGCCAACGAGGCGCUCUUCACAGGACGCAGGAACAGCGCCAAGCCCGCCUGGAGGGGCAUCGUGAAGGAGAUGGGCCUGACGGGAAAGAUCACGCCCGACCAGGUGGCCAAAAAGUGGGACAACCUCAAGACCAAGUUCAAGGAUCUGAAAUUCCCCCCUCGUGGGGCAGAGCCCCAGGGCGGGGCGGCAUCCUGGCCGUGGUUCCAGCUGAUGAGCGACGCCCUGGAGGGUCGCCUGGCGGGCAAAGGGGCCCAGGUGGCGCCGGUAUGGAGCGGAGAGGACGAUACCGUUUCGGGCUCGGCCACCGCACCGACGGCGGAGAUGGCCGCCUGCGAGGUGGACGAAACCCAAACGGUCGCUGACCUCUGCCUCUCGGACGCCAACGUCACCUACAUCGACGCCAGCGGCGAGGAAUGCGCCGCCCCUACCGAGCUCUCCUACAAAUUGAGCGACCAGGACACUCGGCGCUUGAUCACCCUGAGAGCUGCCAACGAGGUUCUGUUCACCGGCAGGAGAAACGCUGCCAAGGCUGCUUGGAAGUCCAUCAUCCAGCAGCUGGACCUCCAGGGAAAGGUGUCCACCUCCCAGGUGGCCAAAAAGUGGGACAAUCUCAAACGCAGGUUCAAGGACCUGAAGUACCCCCCCGCAGGCAUGGAGAACGUGACAGAGAGCGCCGCCUCCUGGCCAUGGUUCCAUCUGAUGAAUGACGCCAUGGAGGGUCGCCUGGUGUGCGGCGGCGCCCCCCUUCCGGGCCACGUCGACCGGGACGGCGAGCCUGCCCCCGGGUCGCCGGUGGGGGGCGGCGGGGACCACGCGGCGCUGGAGCGGGAGUGGGCGGCGGUGCGGGCGGAGCGGGAAUGGCUGGAGCGGGAACGGGCGGCGCUGGAGAGGCAACGCGCCUUGCUGGAGCAGGACAGGGCGGCGCUGGAAAGGGAGAGGGACCUUAUGGACCAGAGGGCCCUCAUGCUCGCCACACACUCGCACUCGAGACACAUCGGCAGCAUCAUGUAGAUGUCGAGCGGGGACGCUCUCGGACGACUUUGACUACAUUUGCGUGACCGGGGGAUCGCUCGCUACGUUCUUCUCGACAUGUCGUCGACUGUCUACAUUCACAAUGAUGCCAUCAUAAUCCACCGACAUGUUUUUGUGAAAUGGUGUCGCACAUGAACACUUUGAAGAUGAUUGACAGCAGGAAGAUGGACGGACGUUUUGUAUAUAUUUGACUUCUAAGUGAGGCAGGGCUUCACAUUGUGCCUCAUGGAUAUUGUUGACUUUUUCAGACAUUAAAAAAUAAAAAUGAUACCAAAAUCUUA